CCCAGUGCUGCCCCCAUAUUCGCUGAACGAUCUUCCUCCCUGCGCUGAAAUCGCCAUGCCUGGCACGAAGACCAAAAAUGCCGGGACGCCCCGCGGCAAUCGAGGUGGUGGUGAUGGCAAGAGUUUCCGGCCAUACCACUCGACCAACGUUCCAAAGGAGGUGGAUCUGGAAAGUGCUUUUCUUCACACGGAUGCUGAUGAGCCGAUUACGACGCUGAUGCUACGGCACAUUCCAAACAAGUACUCGCAGUCGAGCUUGCUCAAGGAGAUCGAUUUCAAGGGUUUUCAGGGCAAGUACGACUUCUUUUACAUGCCAAUGGAUGUCCACAACCGGACCAAUGUCGGAUAUGCGUUUAUUAACCUGGUCACGACGCGAGAUGCGAGAGACUUCUUCCUCAUGUUCUCCAACUAUCGGUUUGAAUUCCAUGCCAGUGGAAAGAUAGGAGCAGUUUCCCCUGGUCAUGUCCAGGGCUUGGAGAACAACGUCUGCCAUUUCGGCCACCGGGCCGUUGCCACGGCGCAGAAUGUGCAGUACCGACCUCUCGUCUUCCGCGAUGGCAAGCAGGUGGAUCUGAAAGCAGUCUUCCAAGAGUUGCAGAAGGGCCGCCAGGUUCCAGAGCUUCUCAAGCCGCCGUCGUCUGGCAGCUUGGUGCAGGCUGCGAAGAUGAUGGCCCCAGGACCCGUGGAUGGGCAGACGGAGGUAGAGGACUUUUGUCCGAGGGUUGCUGACUCAGCCCUGCCGUGCAGUGAGCGAUCUGGCUUGCCCAGGAGUCUCAGCGCAAGUACCUCUGCCACGUCGACGGAUAAAAAGGAGGAUGCUGCUUUGGCCCCACAGACGCCAUGUAAAGAUGCUGGGCAUGCUGCUGAUUUGAUCUCUCAAGCUUUUCAUUGAGAUACCCAAGGCCUGAAUCGAGCC